AUGAAACGUUUACGGAUGGAGAUCACAUCCAAAUACACUUUGACGUUCGGUGGAAUGUUCGGACGACCGUAUGUCAUAGAAGACUACUCAGCAACAAGAGGGGUGGAAAAGCACCUGCCACAAAAUGGGUGCGACGAGGGUUGGAUGCAUCAUCCUGUCUUGGAAAUUCAAGCUCAAGGUUUGCCAGGACACAAUGAAACGAUUCAAGCGGAGUUCAAACCUUCGUCCACCCUUUACAGCCCGUCACCCGUUAAAGUAUGUGUGGCUCCCCCCCUAGACAUCCAACAAGUUUUCAAUGACACAUCGACGUUUAUUCAUCAUCCCAUCAUCCACCCAUCUUUCACGUCACGCGCUUGCAUGGUGUACCCCUUAGCACUUGAUGGGUCGCAAGUUCCAAUCCUUCGGGCCCUUGCGAGCUCCUGUAUAGUCCACGAUAACCUUGCCAGGGCCGCGCCAUGCUACCAAUCCCAAUUUCGGAUUCGCGAACUGGGAAGUAGCGUCGCUGGAGAUGAGUGCUCGCGUCGUGUGGUCAUUGCAGAUCACACCGCAAAGUCCUCAGAAAGGCCAAUGGAAGACAGUAUGGUCCAUACGAACAAGCUCUGGGCCCGACAGCGACCCGACAGCAUUGUGCCAUCAUACGAGUUGUGCAGCAUACAAUUCAAUAUGUUCGGGGUCUCGGCCGCUCUUCCCUCCACCCCAAGGGUCUCAGGGUAUCAGCUUCGUGAUCAAGAGCACCAGAGCGCGUCAGCCGAUUACCUGAGAGUGCUUACACGUUACGUUCCGAACCCUCCACACGGUCUCUUCCCCACUGGGGUGUGUACUAACGACACAACAUCAGAAUCAGACCCAAGGGCUCGGACUCGUGUCGGAAUUAGAAUCAAUUGGGACCCUGCCACGCGUCCGACUGAAAAAUUACGGAGAGCACCCAUGUACCAUAUCUCUCUUGUGGCGUUUGUUGGCGUAUUAAAAUAUUCGCAGAGUUCUAUGUAUCGCCAAUCCGAUGAUCCCAUGGCAUGCCACACUGCCACGCGCUCGAUCCAGAUGCCGCAUCGAGAAGAGGUAGGGUCAUAUCUGGAGGCGCUUGUGCCUAAUGGUGUGGACGCGACUUGAGAUGCCCCCUCCCCCCCCCGCCAGGGCAUGCACUAGAAAUGAGGACAACCUUCAUCCAGAGUAUUCUUUGGUGGAGAUGUACGUACG